GCGGCAGCCAGCGACGCGUCCCCUCCCCGUCUCCCGCCCCACGCUGCUGCCUGUCUCGCACCGUCACCCCAUGCCAGGGGAUCCCACACCUGGAGCCGCUAUGGUGUUGCGAGCUGGCACGAGCCCCAUUCUACUGUCGCUGGUCCUGCUGCUGUGCCGGGCGGUCCCCAGCGAUCAGGAUCCAUCCCCUGUACAGCUGCGACUGGUGGGGCCACGGGGGCCAGCUGGAGAGGGACGGCUGGAGGUGCUGUACCAGGGGCGCUGGGGCACUAUCUGUGAUGAUGGCUUUGACUUCCACGUGGCCACUGUCGCCUGCCGGCAGCUGGGCUACACCGCAGCUGUCACCUGGACCCACAGUGCAACCUAUGGCCAAGGGGAAGGUCCCAUCUGGCUGGACAACGUGCGGUGUGGGGGCAGCGAGGGCUCCCUGGCAGAGUGUGUCCACAAUGGCUGGGGCACCAGUGACUGUCAUCAUGGUGAGGAUGCUGGUGUGGUGUGCUCAGGACAGCGCCUGCCUGACGCAUCCCCCCAGGCCACCCUCUCUGGUCAUCUGGGAGAGGUGCAGGGGCUGAGCCUGGAGGAGGUGCGGCUCAAGCCCAUCCUGGCUCGGGCCAAGCUGAGCAUGCCAGUGAUGGAGGGUGCUGUGGAGGUGAAAUACAAUGGGCGCUGGAGGCAGGUGUGUGAUGCUGGCUGGACCAGGAACAACAGUCAUGUGGUCUGCGGGAUGCUGGGCUUCCCCCGGGAGAAGAACAUCAACACCAGCUUUUACCGGAAGCUCUGGAACAUGAAGCUGAAGGACCCAGACUCCAGUCUGAAGACCCUCAGCCAGAAGAACAGCUUCUGGAUCCACAGGGUGCGGUGCCAGGGCACGGAGCCCCACCUAGACCAUUGCCCCACACAAGUGGACCCACCAGCCCCUCGCCAGCACGCCUGCCCCCGUGGCAUGCACGCCAUCACCAGCUGCCUCCCCAGCCCUGCCUUUCAGAAGAGCACAGGAAAGGGCAAGAGAAAGACACCCCCAGGAAAGGUCCUCCCGGUGCGGCUACGAGCUGGCACCCAUCCCGGCGAGGGCCGGGUGGAGGUGCUGCGCCAUGGGCAGUGGGGCACCGUGUGUGACAAGCAGUGGGACCUGGCUGCAGCCAGCGUGGUGUGCCGGCAGCUGGGCUAUGGGACAGCGAAGCAGGCCCUGGUGGGAGCUCAAAUGGGUCAAGGCCUGGGGCCCAUCCACAUGAGUGAGGUGCGAUGCACAGGCCAGGAGCACUCCCUGGGAGAGUGCCACUUCCAGGAUGCCAAGCGGAGUGGGUGCAAGCACGAGGCUGAUGCUGCUGUCCGCUGCCACAUGCCCCACAUGGACUUCCAGAGCCAGGUGCGGCUGGCUGGGGGCCGCAGCCCUGAGGAGGGUGUGGUGGAGGUGCUGGUGCCUGUGCAGGGGGGGCUGCAGUGGGGCGCAGUGUGUGGUGCACAGUGGGGGCUGAAUGAGGCCAUGGUUGUCUGCCGGCAGCUGGGGCUGGGCUUUGCCAGCCAUGCCCUCCAGGAGACGUGGUAUUGGGCAGGCAGCCCUGAUGCUGCCCGGGUGGUGAUGAGCGGCGUGCGCUGUGCUGGCACCGAGCUGGCCCUGCAGCAGUGCCAGCGCCACGGCCCCGUCCACUGCCCCAGUGGGGGGGGACGCUUCUCGGCGGGGGUCACCUGCACUGCCUAUGCCCCAGACCUGGUGAUGAAUGCCCAGCUGGUGCAGGAGACAGCCUACCUGGAAGACCGGCCACUGGGGCUACUGUACUGUGCCCACGAGGAGCGCUGUCUUUCCCGCUCUGCUGACCACAUGGACUGGCCCUAUGGCCACCGCCGCCUGCUCCGUUUCUCCUCCCAGAUCCACAACCUUGGCAGAGCCGAUUUCCGACCCAGGAUGGGGCGUCAUGCCUGGACCUGGCACCAGUGCCACCGGCACUUCCACAGCAUUGAGGUCUUCACUCACUACGACCUGCUGACGCUCAAUGGCUCCAAGGUGGCUGAAGGGCACAAGGCCAGCUUUUGUCUGGAGGACACCAACUGCCCCGAAGGGCUGCAGCAGCGCUUUGCCUGCGCCAACUUUGGGGAGCAGGGGGUGAGCGUGGGGUGCUGGGACACCUAUCGCCAUGAUAUUGACUGCCAGUGGAUUGACAUCACUGAUGUGCCACCAGGCAGCUACACCUUCCAGGUGGUUGUGAACCCCAAGCAUGAGGUGGCUGAGUCAGAUUUCUCCAACAACGUGAUGCGGUGCCAGUGCAAGUAUGAUGGGCAGCGCGUCUGGAUGCAUGGUUGCCACACAAGCGAUGCCUAUGGUGCUGAUGUGGUGAGUGAUCUGGAGCGACGGGAGCGCCUGGCCAACAACCUUGUAUGACCCCCUGGCAUUGGCACGCUUCCAGCAGCACCACAGGGCAGCCCAGCUCCUGCACCCUGGCAGCACCAGACUGAGCUCAGGGACGCCAAGACUGUUGUAUUUACUGGUGCUGCUGCAGAGGAUGGAGACAAGAACCAGGGCUGGUGGGUAGCACCUGGGGGUGCCCAGCCCCAUGCUGCUGUUGGGAACUGCAAGAGGAGCCUGGGUGUCACAGCAGCCCACACCCCCACAGCUCCAGUGUCCCCCCCGGAUGACUACCUCAGCCUGCCCUUCUGACCUCCUCGUCCCAGCAGACCAAGAACAGGCCUUGGCUACUGCCAUCUGUGCACCAGUCCUGUCCUCAAUAAAGAUGCUAAGCAACGGGAGAGGGGGUACCCCCUUAUCAGCCCCACCAUUGCCAGCUCCUUCCCUUGCACUCCUCCCCAGCAGGACCAUGAGGCUGGUCCUCAGCCAGGAGCAACCUUGGUAUAAAUGUUCCCCCAGCCAGGUACUGUCCCCCCUCAGUUGCCUGUGUGUGAAUGGUCCCAGCUUGCCACCAGCAGUCCCUGAACUGGCUGACCCUGUGCACGCAAAGGACCUGACCAGCUCUGUGGCAGCACAGGCCAGCAGCCAGCCCACUGGCAGACACCAUGCUGGGCUUUCCCAGGCUGCCCUGGCAGCUUCCCAGCCCUAGGAGCAUGGAUAGGGGCUGCUCUGCCCCUUUAAAGUCCUUGUUCCUGGGUACAGGGUGUGACACUGGGGAAAACAUGCCCUUGCUCUCCGUUUCUUUCCUCCCAUGGUUUCUGGCAUUUUUUUUAAAGGAAAUAAAUGGAAAUAUUC